GUGAAUUUGAACUGCCGACUAUGCUGGGAGGCCGAAGCGAUGGGAUUGUUAUUGUCAUUGCUGUGAUGCUCGCAGUAUCUCUGGUAACUGUCUGUCUUCGGUGUUUCGUGCGUCUACAGGUUGUCAAGGCCUUUGGGUGGGAUGAUGGCCUCAUGAUCUUCAACAUGGUCUUCGCCAUCUGCGGCAUUUUUGGGGCCACAUCCGGUAUCGGCAAGGAAAUGACAUACUUUGAGCAUCGUCCAGCAGACUUUCGCCGUGCCAUGUUUUGCUGGUGGUUGGGUCAAAUAUUCUACACCCUGUCAACCACGGCCAUGAGACAAUCCAUUGUCAUCCAGCUCUUUCGCUUCACCUUCGAGCGUGUGUAUGCCAUUACACUUUACGUGGUUUCGGCGCUUUCAUUUGCAGUGGGAAUGGUCUUUUUGUUCUUCACAGUCUUCCAAUGCAGCCCUGUCGAAUACUACUGGGAGCGCCUGACCAUGCAAGGCCACUGCUUGAACAGCAACCUCCUGACAGACAUCACGUACUUUUACAGCGCUGUGGCAGCGGCAUGCGACCUGACGAUUGGCCUCUUACCCGCCUUGUUGAUACGUCACCUAAGAGCCAGCCAUAGUACAAAGAUUGGUGUUUCCGUGAUUCUUGGAAUUGGCUGCCUUGCGAGCGCCGCCGUAAUCGUCCGUAUUCCCUUCCUGAGCUCUCUGAAAAGUGACGAGUUUCUGCAUGCAACGAGCCAGGUCGCUAUAUGGUCCAAUAUCGAAGCAGGUCUGGGUAUUACAGCUGGAAGUCUGGCGCCAUUACGGCCACUUUCACGCAAAUGCAGACUGCGGCCCUGUCUCUUAAGAGCCAGUUAGUCGUGUUCAAGACUAAGAGUUUCCUAGUACUACCUAAUAAGCGAUGGGAAGCCGAGCUCGAUUUUAUACCAGGGCCAGACAGCCAAGCAUUCAAUCCCCCCAGUGUCAGGACCAGCACUUAUUCCUGUCCGACCACCUAAUGAUAUAGUUUGCGGCGGAAUAGGUCCUACCCCAUGCUUUUUAUCCAUGUAUCCAUAUAAACGUUUAUAGUAUAUUAUACUAACUAAACCUGCUAUUCCC